CUGGAAGAUUUAUUAGGGAAACUAUACAAACCUAUUCCAAGGCAGGCCAGCAAGCACAGUUCAUCAAUGCAGAGUUGGAGGUAGACGAGGAUGUUGUACCCUCCACGAAAGUGAAAACUACACACAGUACACUGUAUUCCAUACGAAUGGCAGCCGUUCUUGCACGCCAUUCGUGUAUGUGUAUAUAUAUAUAAGAACAGAGUACUGCUAGUAGUAUAGACACAUAGAUGCCCCUGCAGCUUCAAAACUGCAGUCUUGCAAGGCAUAGCUUAAGAGCAAUCUUAAUCAGCUAGUGCCAGUAACCAUGGAGGGCUUCUCUUUCCCUUCCCCCACCGCCGCCGUCCAAGGUUCAGCUGCGCCGCCGUUCCCGCCGCCAUGGUUCCUCGCCGCCGUCGCCGAAGUAGAAGCCGAACACGGCGGCGGCGGCGGGGGAGAGGAGAAGAUGGACAUGCUGUGGGAGGACUUCAACGAGGAGCUGGCUUGCGCGGCGCCGGUGUGCCCCCUGAGCCCGCUGCACGGCGAUGGCGGCGGCGGCGGGCUGAUGACCAUGGCGAUGAUGAAGGACGCCGCGUGGCUCGACAGCGACAGCGACGGUGAUGUCGGCGGUGGUCCGGCGGGGAAGCUCCGGCGGCGGCGGCACUACAUGGUGGUCAGGCGCCGGAGGUGGAGCCUGGUUCUGAUGCUCAGGCUGCUCAAGAAGCUCUUCCUGGCCAAGAAAUCCAGGACUAGCCACAGCCAGAGGACUGCGCCUCUCUGAUUUCAGCAUUCAGACGUACAGAAGAUCAGUUGAAGCUCCAGCAAUUCGCAGGCGUGUUGUUAAUAAGUAUACUUAACUAGUAUGUGUGUAUUAGUGUAUAUCUGAUAUACUCCAUAUAUUAUCUUUGUUUGUUGCUUCUCUCACAAAGAGAGAUAGAUAACCCAGGGGGUUCUUUUUUGCUGAAGAGUGUGUUCUUCUCUUUAUCUUGGAAUCAGUAUAUUCUCAAUUACAAAUAAGUUCCAUUUUCCUUCCAAUA